AUGGGCGAUAAGCGCAAACUCGUGCAGGAUGAGGUCGUCGAGCCCGAGGGCAAGAAGAUGAAGAAGGAGAAGAAGGACAAGAAAGACAAGAAGGAAAAGAAGGAAAAGCGCAAGUCGCAAGAGGAGUCCGAGGUUGUCGCUCCCGCUGAAACUGCUGCUCCGGCACAGGAAGAGGUGAAGGAGAAGAAGGACAAGAAGGACAAGAAGGACAAAUCUGAGAAGAAAGACAAGUCCGAGAAGAAGGACAAGUCCGAGAAGAAGGACAAGUCCGAGAAGAAGGAGAAGCGCAAGGCCGAGGAGACCGACGCCGAGCCUGCUGCUCCCUCCGAGGACGCUAUGGAUAUUGAGGUGAUCCCUGCCGAGAAGGCGGACGGCGAUAAGAAGGAGAAGAAAGACAAGAAGAAGGACAAGAAGGAGAAAAAGCAGAAGAAGGAGAAGACCGAGCCCGCUGCUGAGACCGAAGAAGAGCCUACCGCUGAAUCUGCGGAGGGCGAGCAAGCCCAGAAGAGUUCCCGCUUCAUCUGCUUUGUCGAACCCCCGGCCACAAUCCGCGUCGCAACCAAGAAAGAAGACCCCAAGAAGUGCCGCGGUUUCGCAUUCAUCGAGUUUGACAACUACGACCGCAUGAAGACCUGUCUCAAGUUGUACCACCACUCCAACUUCGACGACGGAAAGUACCCACCCCGACGCAUGAACGUCGAGCUGACUGCUGGUGGCGGCGGCGCCAAGUCCGAACAUCGCAAUGCCAAGAUCCAGGCCAAGAACGAGAAGCUCAAUGAGGAGCGCCAGCGCCAGGCUAAGGAUAUCCAGAAGGACAAGAGGAAGCACGAGAAGAAGGCUGCCCCGGCUGGCGGCUCCGGUGCGAAUGCUGCUGGCCUGGACGGCGCAGCCGACAACGCUGGCAGCGCUGCCAACGAUCAGUGGGCUGGUCUGCACCCUAGCCGCAGAGGCCGAAUGUAA